UAAUUAUUAUAUAUAAAUUGGGAGGGAAAUUAUGGAAUGGAAUGCCGAAAUGCAUUCGUUUUGUGCAUUUGGAAGUGUUUUUUUUUUUUUGUUUUUACCGUACAGCGAGCGCACGCUGGGUUUCUUACGCACUGUUGUUCUUACGCGCGUCCGAUCGAGUUUUAUUGCCCGUGUCCAGGGGUGGAGCCGCGGCCGCCGUUGCCAUGGGAACCAUUGAGCGAACGCCCGGCGCUUCCCGGCGGUGGAACGGCUCGUCCGCGCGGGUCUCGCUGUCCUUCCGUCCGCCGAUGUGUUCACUCGCAGGCUCCGCUACAGUCAGAGUGACCAUCAUGGACAAGUACGAGAAGAUCGGGAAGAUUGGGGAGGGCUCCUACGGGGUCGUCUUCAAGUGCAGGAAUAAGGACACCGGGCAGAUCGUGGCCAUCAAGAAGUUUGUGGAAUCGGAGGACGACCCCGUGAUAAAGAAGAUCGCCCUGAGGGAAAUCCGCAUGUUGAAGCAACUGAAGCACGCCAACCUGGUGAACCUCAUCGAGGUCUUUCGUCGAAAGCGCAGGCUGCACCUCGUCUUUGAGUACUGCGACCACACCGUCCUCAAUGAACUGGAUCGUUACCCACAGGGUGUUCCGGAACACUUGGUCAAGAGUAUAACGUGGCAGACCCUGCAAGCUGUAAACUUCUGUCAUAAGCAGAAUUGCAUUCACAGGGACGUAAAGCCAGAGAACAUCCUCAUCACCAAACACCAGGUCAUCAAGCUCUGUGACUUUGGAUUUGCCAGGAUUUUGACUGGCCCCUACGACUACUACACAGACUACGUGGCCACGCGGUGGUACCGCGCUCCAGAGCUGCUAGUGGGCGACACGCAGUACGGUCCCCCCGUGGACGUCUGGGCCAUCGGCUGCGUCUUUGCCGAACUGCUCUCCGGCGCCCCGCUCUGGCCGGGGAAGUCUGACGUGGACCAGCUGUACCUUAUCAGGAAAACACUGGGGGACCUCAUUCCCAGGCACCACCAGGUGUUCAGCAACAACCAGUUCUUCAGUGGCGUGAACAUCCCCGAGCCGGGGGACAUGGAAACCUUGGAGCAGCGAUAUCCUAACCUGUCACACCAAGCUUUGGGGUUAAUGAAGGGCUGCCUGCGAAUGGACCCGUCGGAGCGCCUCACGUGCGAGCGGUUACUAGAGCUACCCUACUUUGACACUCGGCAGCAGGACAAAGACGCUUCUGUCCGUGAGCAGGACCGCACGGCGAAACGGAGGAGUCGCCCUCCUCGGAAACACCUCCCACCCGGGUAUCUCCCUCAGCUCACCAGUAGCAACAUCUUCCCAAUCCUGGACAACAGAAAGUACUACAACAACUUUCGUAAACUCAACUACCACUUCCCCAAUAUCUAAUAUUUCAGGUUUGAAUGUCAGGCUGUGAUUGCAUGCAGCGUGUCAUCUUCCGUGUACAAAUCGGGAAAGGCAGCCUCUGUGGUUCUUCAACAAGCAUUAAACUUUCAGCUACGUAACAGGACCUGAAAUUGUACGUUAUAUGCACUGUGCCAGCUUUUCCAUCGCCGGACAUGUAUUUGUCGCUGAUAUAUACGUAACGACAUGGGGCAACUAGUUGCUCUGCUAAUAGAACCAUACUGUAUUUGGAUCCGGGGAAAAGGGAAGCAAUACUGCCUUAGUCAUUUUGCCAAAAAUGGAUCGAUUGACUGUAUGUAGAGCUGACUGAACUUUUGGAGAAAGUCUCUUCUAGAGGAGGUCUUCAUAGUAAUGUCCUUU